AGUCAGGGCUGCGGAGGGGAGCAAAGCUGAGCGGCUGGGCGGGCCUGGCCAGGCCAGCAGAGCGGACACGUCGGCGGAGCUGCGGCGAACAUGCGCUUUUGACACAUUGGAGGCUUUCUUGAUCAUGGAUGGUGAAGAUAUACCAGAUUUUUCAAGUUUAAAGGAGGAAACUGCUUAUUGGAAGGAACUUUCCUUGAAGUAUAAACAAAGCUUCCAGGAAGCUCGAGAUGAGCUAGUUGAAUUCCAGGAAGGAAGCAGAGAAUUAGAAGCAGAAUUGGAGGCACAGUUAGUACAGGCGGAACAAAGAAAUAGAGACUUGCAAGCUGAUAACCAAAGAUUGAAAUAUGAAGUGGAAGCAUUAAAGGAGAAACUAGAACAUCAGUAUGCACAGAGCUACAAGCAGGUCUCAGUACUAGAAGAUGAUUUAAGCCAGACGCGGGCCAUUAAGGAGCAGUUGCAUAAGUAUGUGAGAGAACUGGAGCAGGCCAAUGAUGACCUGGAGCGAGCAAAAAGAGCAACAAUAGUUUCAUUGGAAGAUUUUGAGCAAAGGCUAAAUCAGGCUAUUGAACGAAAUGCAUUUUUAGAAAGUGAACUUGAUGAAAAGGAAUCUUUGUUGGUAUCUGUACAGAGGUUAAAGGAUGAAGCAAGAGAUUUAAGACAAGAGCUAGCAGUUCGGGAAAGACAACAGGAAGUAACCAGAAAGUCGGCUCCCAGUUCUCCAACUCUAGACUGUGAGAAGAUGGAUUCUGCAGUCCAAGCGUCACUCUCUUUGCCAGCUACUCCUGUUGGCAAAGGAACAGAAAACAGUUUUCCUUCCCCAAAAGCUAUACCAAAUGGUUUUGGUACCAGUCCAUUAACUCCUUCUGCUAGGAUAUCAGCACUAAACAUUGUGGGGGAUCUCUUACGAAAAGUAGGGGCUUUAGAAUCCAAAUUAGCAGCUUGCAGGAAUUUUGCAAAGGACCAAGCAUCACGAAAAUCCUAUAUUUCAGGGAAUGUCAGCUGUGGGGUGAUGAAUAGCAACGGCACAAAGUUCUCUCGUUCAGGGCAUACGUCUUUUUUUGAUAAAGGGGCAGUAAACGGCUUUGACCCAGCUCCUCCUCCUCCUGGUCUGGGUUCCUCCCGUCCGUCAUCAGCACCGGGGAUGUUGCCUCUCAGUGUGUGAGUGCCCUCCUCCACUAACCCAGGACACCCACGCCUCACCCCUCGGUGCCUGGGCCCAACCCCGUGCCCCUCCAUCUGCCUCCUGGUGACUGGCAGAUGGCAGGCUGCAUGCAGUGAUGGCUGCUGGGCCCAGCUCCAGGACUCUGCGCGAUAUCAAUACUGGCUAUUUUUUCUUCUCGCCGUAGUGCCGUUGGUUUCACAUGAUUGCACUUUUGUGGGUCACGAGGUGAUACAAACGUGUAUUACUUGGUUACUGGAUGCAGAAGUACCCAUUCAUCACA